AUGACAUUAGUAAUCCUUGCCAGAAAGCCUACUGAAAAAAGACUUGUCCUUGCUCCUCACACCUUCCCUCUAAACAGGCAGCCUCACACCUUCCCUCCAAACAAACAGCCUCACACCUUCCCUCCAAACAGGCAGCCUCACACUUUUCCUCUUAACAGGCAGCCUCACACUUUCCCUCCAAACACACAGCCUCACACCUUCCCUCCAAACAAACAGCCUCACACCUUCCCUCCAAAUAAACAGCCUCACACCUUCCCUCCAAACACACAGCCUUACAGCUUCCCUCCAAACAAACAGCCUCACACCUUCCCUCUAAACAGGCAGCCUCACACCUUUCCUCCAAACAAACAGCCUCACACCUUCCCUCAAAACAGGCAGCCUCACACCUUCCCUCUAAACAGGCAGCCUCACACCUUCCCUCUAAACAGGCAGUCCAAACAAAUAGCCUCACACCUUCCCUCCAAACACUCAGCCUCACAUCUUCCCUCCAAACAGGCAGCCUCACACCUUCCCUACAAACAAACAGCCUCACAUCUUCCCUCCAAACAGGCAGCCUCACAUCUUCCCUACAAACAAACAGCCUCACAUCUUCCCUCCAAACAAACAGCCUCAUACCUUCCCUCCAAACAAAUAGCCUCACACCUUCCUCCAAACAAGCAGCCUCUCACCUUCCCUCCAAACAUGCAGCCUCACACCUUCCCUCCAAACAAAAAGCCUCACACCUUCCCUCCAAACACGCAGCCUCACAUCUUCUCUCCAAACAUGCAGCCUCACAUCUUCCCUCCAAACAAACAGCCUCACAUCUUCCCUCCAAACACACAGUCUAACACCUUCCCUCGAAGCAAACAGCCUCAGACCUUCCCUCCAAAUACAUAG